UCAGCUGACUCGAUGUAUAAAUUCGUCCGUCCGUGGUACGACACAGUGAUAUUGUGGUGAGUUGUGUAGUUGUCGGGUUAAUAAUAAAGUCGUCAACUCAUAUAGUUGUGUAUAGUUGCUGCGAAACAGGACGUUCAGACGCAUAAAUAUUUCUUUCACGGGGUUCCAUCAAAACACGAAGCCGGUGACUGUCGAUGUAUUCAGUAUGGGGCGUCCAGCGGUCGGAUUGUUCAUCUGCGCCUUUUGUAUAGUUUAUUCAUGUGUUUUAGUGUCGUUGGCUUCCGGAUACCCUCUUGAAGAAGGGACAGGUUCCCCACUGAGGUUUGUGGAUCAGAUCGAUCGCUUUAAGGUCGGAUUUAGCUGGCACAAUGUGUCGUGUGGGGUGUGUAAAGCGAUCUUUACCGCUGUUGACAUCGCGCUGCUGAGUAGCACAAACACCGAGCGUGUGGCACAUGCCGUGGAAGAAGCUUGUGCCCGCCUGCAUCUGGCCAACCCGCAGGUGUGCCGAGACAUCACCCAGCUCUUCAGUAAAGACUUCAUCCGUGCUCUUCAGGAGUCUUAUCUCUGGCCACCGGAGGCCUGCGCCCUACUGGUGGGACCCGCGUGUGGUCAUUUUGAUAUCUAUGCCCCCUGGAACGUCUCACUGCCACGGGUACCCAAACCCCCAGUGACCUCACCGACCCCUCCUAAACCGGGCUCUCCGCAAAGCAGGAUCCUCUUCCUCACGGAUAUCCACUGGGACGCUGUGUACGCCGAGGGCAGCGUUGCCAAUUGCAAUGAGCCCCUCUGCUGUCGAAAUGAAUCUGGGAGGGCCAGCUGGAAUCACAACGGUGCUGGACACUGGGGUACCUACGGCAAAUGUGACCUCCCUUUGCGUACGGUUGAAAACCUUCUCCAAAACGUAGCCAAAUCUGGCCCCUGGGAUUGGGUGUACUGGACAGGAGAUAUACCAGCACACAAUGUCUGGUCUCAGACCAGAGCUCAACAGCUCAAUGAGCUUAUCACCAUCUCCAGACUCAUACUCAAAUACCUGGGGCCCAAUGUAACCGUGUAUCCUGCGGUGGGAAAUCAUGAGAGCACUCCGGUAAAUAGCUUUCCGCCUCCGUUUGUACGUGGGAACCGGUCUUCAAGCUGGCUAUAUGACACUAUGGCGGAGGAGUGGGCACCCUGGUUACCUGCGGAUGCCCUAAAGACUAUAAGGCGUGGAGGGUUCUACACAGCGGAAGUUCAGCAAGGUUUGCGAGUGGUGUCUUUGAAUAUGAACUUCUGUGCAAGAGAGAACUUCUGGCUUAUGGUGAACUCCACAGAUCCUGCCAACCAACUCCAGUGGCUUGUUCACAUACUGCAAGAGUCUGAGAACAAGGGUGAGAAGGUUCACAUUAUUGGACACAUUCCUCCAGGACUCUGUCUUAGCAGCUGGAGCAGGAAUUACUAUCAUAUAGUCAACAGGUAUGAAAGCACCAUAAGUGGUCAGUUUUUCGGACACACGCACACUGAUGAGUUUCAGAUAUUCUAUGAUGAGGACACGCUGACCCGUCCAUUGGGUGUGGCUUUUAUUGCACCAAGUGUCACCACCUUUGUCAACCUGAAUCCAGGGUAUCGUGUUUAUUACACUGAUGGAAACUAUCCAAACAGCAGUCGGAUGGUGUUGGAUCAUGAGACCUUCAUUCUUAACCUGACACUUGCUAACAACAUCUCAAACGGACCAGCAUUACCCUCAAAACCUGACCCCAACCCGUCAUGGACUCUGUUGUAUCGUGCUAAAGAGGCUUUCGGUUUGUCCACCCUCUUCCCAACAGAUUUUGAAAACCUGAUCAAAGUGUUUCUAAACAAUGACCGGGUCUUCAAGCGCUUUUGGUAUCUUAAUCAUAAAGGCCAUGUGUCGGAGCCAUGCGAGGCAACUUGUAAGACUGCACUCAUCUGCUUUCUACGAAGUGGACAAUAUGACCUUCUGACGAAGUGUGAUCUACUACAUGGUGCUAAUGAAGAGAUAAUUCGCUCUGUUAGGAAGACUAUGUGUUGAGCUGAUACAAAACUAGCGUGCAUGAAUCUGCUUGCAUCAGAACCGCACCAGAGUACAAGAGAAUUUUUACAGGGAGACUGUUAGCACUUUUUUUUGUUUGUUUGGUUAUCAGAAAGUUGUAGCAUUUGACAUCACACUUAUUUGUCGUCAAAAUGUUUCUGUCGUUUCUGCACAAUGCUAUAAAGUAUUUGCUCAAGACAGAGAUGGUUCUCGUAAAUUGUACGUUUACAGCAGCGACCCACCCAAUGCAUUGAAACAACAAAUGUGUUUGUUGAAAAUGAAACGUGCAUCACAACUGAAUCAUGUGGUGUGUUUGCACUUUGUGAAAAACCACUACUGCUUAGACUUAGUCCUCAGUUCUCGCUUAUCUGUGGUUUUGAGUUCUGUCGUCAUGUCAAUGAGGAGGAGAUUGUGGUUGAUUGCUGAAAUGUUUUUGUUAUUUUCUGCAUUGACCCAAGUACACUGGAGACCGUGUUAAAUUAUGGUUUGUUGAUUUAACCUCACGUUCACAUCCAUAUAUACAUAUAUACACCAUUUGACUGGUAAAGUUGGCACAUAUAAAAUUCAUAACAAGAACUUUGUCAUGUGAUUUUUGUGAAAUGUACUAUUAUUCUGAUAUGAAAAAAUGAUUUUGUACUUAUGCCAAUAUGUGGAGACCUUUUAUGAAUGAAAAAUAAUGGAUUAUCAGAUACAGGGUUUGAUUUACUGACAAAAGAAAUAUGUUGCAGUCAUUUGUGCUUCUGUUGAUUUGUCUAACCUUUAAGUGCCUGUUUUUUGGGGGGGUUCAGAUAAGAUGGUAACUUCAAUGUAACCAAAGCUGUAAAAACUGAAUUUAAAAUAUAUGUUUGCAAUGAUUAA